AUGAACCUGCCUUGGUCCUAUGAUGGCUAUUCCCCCGUUGAUACAACGCUGUUGGACAUGCACCAUGGCACGCUGGAACAUUGGAGGCGAGCCAUCACCGAGAUUCACAACCGUGAUAUGUAUGUCAUCCUGGAUAAUACACUAGCAACCUUGAGUAACUUGAUCGGUUUCAAGGGGCACCUCAAUGAUUCAGCACACUUUCAGACCGAUGAAUAUGAGGCCCAGUGGGUCACAGAUCAUCGGUAUGCCAACUUUAAAUUCGGCAAUGAGUUCAACAGUUCUUGCGACUACCCCAAAUUUUGGAACGAGACUGGCAUUCCAUUGACAUCUGGUGGUGUUGAAGACCUGAAGGGUUGCUACAAUAGUGAUUUCGACCAGCAUGGGGAGCUGGAGGCAUUUGGCAAUUUCCCCGACUGGCAGCGCCAACUCACUAAGUUCGCCUCUGUGCAAGACCGGUUGCGCGAAUGGCAUAAGCCAGUGCGCGAUAUCAUCACCAAGCACUAUUGCAUACAAAUCGCUAGUCUGGAUAUAGAUGGUUUCCGGUAUGAUAAAGCGGUGCAGGCAACCCUUGAGCCUCUGGCUGAUAUAUCCACUGCCUUCCGCGACUGUGCAAAGAAACAUGGCAAGCAUAACUUCUUCCUCCCUGGCGAAAUAACAUCUGGCAAUACCUUUGGCAGUCUCUACCUUAACCGUGGCCGCCAGCCAAAUCAGCGUCCUCACACCGCUGCCGCUGCUGUUCAGCUAAAGAACAAUUCAGACCCUCAGUACUUCCUUAGAGAAGACGGUCACCAGGCAGUAGAUGCAGUUGCGUUUCACUAUACCAUCUAUCGUUCGAUGACCCGGUUUCUGGGAAUGGACGGCAACCUUGUUGCCGGCUUCGACUUGCCCACGGAUUUUAUCGAGGCGUGGAAUCAAAUGCUUGUAACUAAUGAUCUCUUGAAUCCAUCCACCGGUGAACUGGAUCCAAGACAUAUGUACGGCGUGUCAAACCAGGAUAAUUUCCGCUGGCCAGCUAUCAAAAACGGCACUGAGAAAUACCUGCUAGGUCUUUUUAUUGUCACGCUGGUGCUUCCUGGCAUCCCCCUCAUUAUGUGGGGAGAGGAGCAGGAGAUGUACGUUUUCGAUGCCACUGCAACUAAUUACUUGUUUGGUCGGCAGCCGUUGACAUACCAGACCGCAUGGUGGACACAUGGCUGCUGGAACUUGAAUACAACAAAAUUCUUCGACUUUCCCAAUGAACGGGGGCUGUACGGCUGUCACGACAUCAAUGUCACUUAUGACCAGCGCAACCCCGCCCACCCUGUUCGCAAUAUCAUGAAGCGCAUGUUCGAAAUCCGGGAGCAAUAUCCGGUGGCUAAUGACGGUAUCUACCUUCAGACCUUGUCUCAAGUUACCAAAGAUGUCUAUCUUCCCGGUUCAUCGGACACGCCGACAGUGACCGGGCUGUGGUCAGUGCUGCGAAGCUACCCCCCAGGAGCCCAAAGGGAGACAGAAUCCAAAGGCAACAGCAGCCUCUGGCUUGUGUAUCAUAAUGACAACAAGACCGUGACCUACAGUGGUGACUGCAAAGACCAAAAGCGUGCGAUAUUGGCACCCUACCAGCCCCGGACCAAACUGAAGAAUCUCUUUUACCCUUACGACGAACUCUCAUUGCAGGACGGUCCUGGGGAGGCCGACGUCCAGGGCAACAGCGAAAACUACGGAUGCGUUCAUAAUAUGACCCUUCUUCCAUGGGGAUACCGUGCCUACGUGGAGGCGGACAGCUUCAAUGAGCCCAGUCCAACCAUCACCGACUUUCUCCCCGGCCACGACGCACGCUUGUUGGCCUCCGAGGACACGGGCGAAACCGUUGAAAUCCAGCUUGGGUAUUCAAAAGAGAUGGACUGUAACAGCAUUGAGCAAUCCAUCGCCCUAGGCUCUACUACGCAGACGGGCAUCACACCAAGCCUUGAUACCGCCAGCAUUAACUGCACCAAGGUCACCCCACAGGCGGGCAGUCAUGACCGCGCCGGGGGGGUUCCCACGGUCUGGAUAUGGUCCGCCAAGCUGAGAAACGUCCAUCAUGGUGUCCACCAGCUGACCGUUAAGAACGUUUCGACGACAUCCGGGGUCCGAACCAAUGCCGUCGACAAGUUUCUGUUCCGGAUGGGGACCUUAACAAACCCACUGAUCACCCCACUCGCCAACUAUUCCUCUAGCCUUGUACAUAAAUCGGCCAACGGCAGUAUCUACAUCCAGCAUGAGGCGGCCGGGGCUGACCAGUUCCGCUACUCGACAAACUUUGGGCGCACAUGGUCGAACUGGACGGCGUGUACCGCUGGCAACACAACGGUUGAGGUUGCUCCUUGGACAGGCACAGACACUCAGAAGUGGAAGGGAACCCACGUCCGCGUCCAGUAUUUCUCGCGGCUCACCGGCAGCAGCGACUAUAUCCAAGAGGGUGACUAUGGUUGGGAGGACGGUGUACCGCGGAGGUUCCCUCACCUGUGGUGGAAUGGCCCAUACAACCAGUACGGGUACGAUGCAGGAUUGGAUAACAGUAUGAGGUACGACACCAAGGAGCGCCGCUGGAAGUACAAUUUCUUGUCCGAGUGGCCAUCCGUCGCCCAGAUCAGUGUCUGGGGAGUCGGUCCGGGUGGAAUACUAGACCCGACAGAGGUCUACGGCGAUGUAGACAACUCGUCUGUUAUUAAGAAGCUCCCUCCUUCCUAUCUCUCGUCCAACUUGAUCAAUAUCACCACGCCACCUCGGCCCCCCUACCUUGGCUGGGCCAUCUCCCUGAAUGACGCUAACCUUCGAUACCAAAUGACUCCCGUCGGGUCAGGAUGGACCCAACUUGUCCUCUUCAUAUUCUUGUGGGUUCUCCCCAUUCUGAUGGGGCUUAUCGGGGCAUUUGUUUUUAAGAGAACGUUCUACCGCAUCAAGUUGAACACAAAUGGUAUUAAGACCAAGGACGGUAAACGGCUGCCGCUCUGGAGCAAGGUCAAGGGAUUUUUCGCAGGGUAUGAUGGCUCAGAAAUGGCGAUAUCCAACCAGCACGCGCUGCCGGACAAGGAUACCGCGGGCGUUCUCGAGCAACGACGUACAGUGUUGAUUGCCACCAUGGAAUAUAACAUUGAGGAUUGGAAAAUCAAAGUCAAGAUCGGCGGCCUGGGAGUCAUGGCACAACUCAUGUCUCAGCACCUUGGGCACCAGAACCUUGUCUGGGUAGUCCCUUGUGUUGGAGACAUUGAGUAUCCUAAAGAUACCGCAGCAGAACCUAUAGUGGUUACCAUCCUUGAAAAGCCCUAUCUAGUGAGCCUACAGUACCAUAUUAUGGAUAAUAUCACUUAUGCCCUGCUCGACGCCCCCGUCUUCCGGCAGCAGACGAAGGCAGAGCCUUACCCAGCUCGGAUGGACGAUCUUGACAGCGCGAUCUACUAUUCGGCUUGGAACCAGUGUAUUGCAGAAAUAAUCAAGCGAUUUCCUUCGAUCCAUCUCUAUCACAUCAAUGAUUUCCAUGGGUGCCUGGCUCCACUUUACCUGUUGCCGACGCGAACCAUCCCAGUGUGCCUAUCGCUGCACAAUGCGGAAUUCCAGGGUCGUUGGCCGUUACGGACACAACAGGAGAAGCAGGAGGUCUGCUCAGUCUUCAACCUACCUGUGAAAACUGCGACCAAUUACUGCCAGUUUGGAAACGUGUUUAAUCUUCUGUAUACAGGUGCAAGCUAUCUUCGGUUUCAUCAACGCGGUUUCGGCGCCGUAGGCGUGUCUGAAAAGUAUGGGAAGCGCUCAUGGGCUCGGUAUCCGAUCUUCUGGAGCCUUAGAAAAGUCGGCAGUCUUCCAAAUCCAGAUCCCUCCGACACUGGUGCUGUCGGCGAUAACACAGACAUGAAUAUCUCCCUUCCGCGUCGCGAGGAACGGAUCAACGACAAGCUGCAGGCGCAGGGAUGGGCUGGUCUAAAGGAAGACCCCAAUUCCGACCUCCUAGUCUUUGUAGGCCGGUGGUCGAAGCAAAAAGGGGUCGAUUUAAUUGCGGAUGUUAUGCCGGAGAUAUUAUCUGCCAGACCCCAGGCGCAGUUCAUCUGCGUUGGGCCCAUCAUCGACCUUUACGGCAAGCUGGCUGCGAGCAAGUUCGAGCGGAUCAUGGCCAUGUUUCCCGGGCGUGUCUUCUCCAAGCCAGAGUUCACCGUGUUGCCUCCAUAUGUAUUUUCUGGCGCUGACUUCACUCUAAUCCCGUCCCGGGAUGAACCUUUUGGCCUGGUUGCGGUUGAGUUUGGCCGUAAGGGUGCGCUGGGCAUUGGUUCUCGCAUUGGAGGCCUUGGCCAAAUGCCCGGUUGGUGGUAUACUGUGGAAUCCGACGCGACUCGCCAUCUAUUGUACCAGCUAGAGACCGCAAUCAAAUCCGCGUUGGACUCGGCUCAAGAGGCUCGCGAAGAGAUGCGCAUGGUUUCUGCCAGGCAGCGGUUCCCUGUCCUGGAAUGGAUCCGGAAACUGGAAGCCCUGCAAAGGUCAGCCAUCGAGAUCCAACACGCAAACAACAGAGGAGCACUUGCUGGGCCCAUAUCAGACGCAAAUCAAGGUGGCCACUAG